AUGACAUAUACCGAGCAUGUGCCGGGUUUAUCAGCCACCUUUACCCGUCGUGAUCUGGAACCCGCUCGGCCAGUAGGGGAAGAUGAGGAAGUUCGGUCCCGGAAGUUGAUAGUCCAGGGUGAGGAACAAAAGUUUCUCCAGGCUAUGCGCGAGUACGAGUUGAAAGCGGACGACAAACAUAAAACACACCUCAAUCUAGAGGGCAAACAUACAAUGGAGGAGGUGUGGACGGAGUUGGACGCGGCGAUGGAAAAGUACGAGAAAGGAGAGGGCCACAAGGCAGGUACUUGGGGGAAAGUGCGAAGGGCGUUCCGGAGGUUGGGACAACAUGGGAAGGCCAUCGAGGAGUGGUUGGGACUGGUGCCCUCAGAGUCCGACUAUCUAUCCACUGUGUGCGGGGGUAUCAAGUUUAUCCUUCGUGCUGCCGUGAAACUGAGGGAUAUCCGGGAAGGCCUUUUAAAAGGGCUCCACGAUAUUCCAGUGCUGCUCAAUGGCACGCAGAGAGUCCUCGGAGUUUACAGACAAUCGGAGAAGCUGCAAGCGCACAGCGAUGAGCUGUAUGUUGCAGUGUUGACCAACCUGGGACAUAGUCUGCGAUACAUCUGUCGAAGGAUCUUACCAAAAACAUUGGAGGCAACGCUGAAAGGAGCUAGCUUUGAGAAAGUCCUGACCGAGAGCUUAGAGGAUGUCCGCAACCGUAGGGACGAGUUCAAUGAAGAAGCAAGGCUUUGCGGGGUCGAAAUGGCUGGAGAGAUGCAAGCUAUGGUGCGCCAGGGCAACGAAAAGUCAACCGAAAUCAGAGAGCUGCAAGAUCGCAUGGUAAAAGGGCAGGCCGAGCAGGAGAGGGUCCAAGAGUUCAUUCAGAAGCAGGUUGUGCUAAUGUAUGAGACAACCACCGCUAUGAAGGAUGCUACGGAGAAUAUGAACAGGAAUCUUUCCGGGCUUCGAAGUGAGAUCGACGGGUUCAGACGGGAUAUUACCGAAAGGUUGAGAAAUGUUCGUGAUUUAUUCCUAGCCAGUCCCGAGGCAUACGCCCAAUCAUUCAAUGCAUCGAUCUGCUUGUUCGCCCCCCUCCCGAAAGCUGGAAAGCAAUAUUCACAAGACGAUCUCCGGGAGAAGGUUCUCAAUGGACUCAAAUACCACCCGGAUCAAGUGGCAGCCGAUCUGAUGCAGAACUAUGGGCUGGCGGUUAGGUUACCUAUUCCCGAACAAGACCUCUGCGUGUGGUUGAUGAAGUCCACCAAAUUAGCCGAGUGGCUCAAAAGCCCAUUAUCCGGGAUUCUGAUCGUCAAUGGAAAUCAAGCCAAGGCACAACGUCGGUCCGCGCUUAGCUUCGUAACCUCAAGGCUAGCACACACAUUAGAGAAGGUGAGCCAGAUGGGUUCACCGGACGAAGUCCCCAUUGCUGCCCUGCACUUCUUCUGUGGCGAGCAUUUUGAUCGCGCGGAUCCACUCAACAGCGCAGUCAGCAUCAUGGAUAGUCUUCUUGGACAGCUUCUGGCAUGGUUCAGAGACAUAGACUUGAUGGAGGUGAUCCAACUGGGUCAUUUAAGAAGUCAUGAUCUCAAAGCCCUUUGCAUGCGCUUUAUGGCUGUACUCAGAUUACUCCCUCGUGAGGCGGUUGUAUUUUGCAUCAUCGACAACUUCGCCGCCUAUCUCUCCAGUGAUCGAACAUCUGAUGAGGCACAGUCAUUGCUUCGCUGGUUUAUUCACUUGACGAAACAUCAGCAAAGGAGGCGGGGAGCAUGUGUGGUCAAGUUGCUGCUAACAGCAUCGUUCCGGUUCAACAAGCCGGAGAUAUCGAGAAUGAAAGACCAUGAGAAGCUCAACGUGCCCCAGACAGUCCCUCAGACAGGAGGAUUUACGCAAAUGAAAUGGGAGAUGGGAUUGGGCAAGCAGGCGAGUGAGUUGGUGUCGAUGUCGGAUGUAUGA